AUGGCCAAGCUGCCGCGCCGGGAGGUGGUCAAAGGCGAGGCGCUCGACGACUGCGCCGUCUGCAUCACGGAGCUCAAGGCCGGGGACACGGCGCGGGUGCUGCCGCGCUGCGGCCACGGGUUCCACGUCGACUGCGUCGACAUGUGGCUCCGCUCCCACUCCACCUGCCCGCUCUGCCGGUGCCCCGCCGUCGACGAGCCGCCCCUGCACCCCGUGCUGCCCGCCGUGCCCACGCCGGAGGCCGACCCGGAGUCCCCCAACUUCCCCACCAACGUGCUCUUCUUCGGCUCCCAGGACGAGGUCAGCACCGGUCGCUCGCAGCAGCAGUCAACGGCCAUGGCGACGCCUCCCCCACCGCAAGAACACGUCGCCGCCGCUGCCGUCGAUGAGGCGGCGCGGCCGUGCGGGCUGCGGAGGCUGAUUGGGUGUGGCGGCGCGUCGCCGCCCCCUCAGCAGCCGCAUCUUCACCACCACCACCAACACGAAGACGCGGACGGGGACAUCGAGAUGGGCCUCGCCGCUGGCGAGAGCAGCGCGUCGCGGCCGGUGAAGCCGCCGCAGCCCGGUUCCUGA